CCGCCCCGCCGCCCGCGCGCGCCAUGGCCUCCGACGCGCGGCUCUCCCUGCUGCCGUGCCGCCUCCCGGCGCCCCUGCCCCCGCCGCCGGCGCUCCGCCGCUCGCCCGCCCGCGCCGCCGCGGCGUCCACCUCCCCGAGGUGCCGCGUCGGGGCGGCGGCGGCGGCGGCGGGGCCCGCGCAGCCGCAGCCGCGCGCCCGCCGCGGCCGGUGGCGGAUUCGCGCCUCCUCCGAGGGCGAGGCGCAGGUCCCGGUGCAGCAGCAGGAGGAAGACGAGGUUGUGGACAGCAACGUGCUCCAAUACUGCAGCAUCGACCGCAAGCAGAAGAAGACCAUCGGGGAGAUGGAGCAGGAGUUCCUCCAGGCGAUGCAGGCGUUCUACUACGAGAGGAAGGCGGUCAUGUCCAACGAGGAGUUCGAUAACCUCAAGGAGGAGCUCAUGUGGGAAGGGAGCAGCGUUGUCAUGCUAAGCCCAGAUGAGCAAAGGCUUUUGGAAGCCUCCAUGGCAUAUGUGUCUGGAAACCCCAUCAUGACGGAUGCUGAAUUCGAUGAGCUAAAGUUGAAAUUAAAGAAAGAAGGAAGCAACAUUGUACAGGAAGGUCCAAGAUGCAGCCUACGGAGUCGAAAGGUCUACAGUGACUUGACUGUUGAUUACUUCAAGAUGUUCCUGCUAAAUGUUCCAGCAGCAGUCGUAGCUCUAACACUAUUCUUCUUCUUGGAUGAUUUGACGGGAUUUGAGAUCACAUAUCUUCUUGAGUUGCCAGAGCCUUUCAGUUUCAUCUUCACAUGGUUCGCUGCACUGCCUUUAAUAUUUUGGAUAGCCCAGGCAAUCACUAAUGCCAUUGUGAAAGACUUUCUGAUUUUGAAGGGCCCAUGUCCAAAUUGUGGAAAUGAAAACCUUUCCUUCUUCGGGACUAUAUUGUCAGUGCCUAGUGGUGGUGCAAAAAACAAUGUGAAAUGUGCAAACUGCGGCACUGAGUUGGAGUAUGACUCCGCAUCCCGGUUGAUUACACUCCCAGAACUGGCAGAGGCAUAAGGUGGAUGUGGUUUAGAUUUCACUAGCAGGAUGGAGGGCCCCUGGUGCUUGAUCUACAUCUACAGUACAAUUGUACAAAGCAAGAGACUUUGAAUCGGGUGACAAUUGUGUAGUGAUGUUUGUUUGGUAUAUGCUAGUCUCUAUGUAUAUCUUGAUCAAAUGUAGAUAUUUGUACUAUACAGAGUUGACGCAAUGGCGAUACGUGCGGUCGUGCAUAGAGUGUACAAAGAAAAACUAGCUGUAUAUGUUUGAACUAUCUUAGCAUAUGCAUACCUGCCUGAAGAACUUGAUGUUGUGUGUGAAAUUCACUAAGAAAGGAUUACUUA